CCGUGCGCGUAGAGGACACGGCGUUGCUGCUAGAGGACCUGGUGGUGAAGGACUGGUAGAUGAGGCGGAUGAGGCCGAUCCCAUUCCAGAGGGCGUUCACGGUCUAGUCCAUCCGCAACCCUUCCAGGCCGGUGGCAGCUCACCUGGAUACUCACCUACGUUUACGCCGGCGCUCUUACUUGCUGAGAUACUCGGGUCUUCAUCACAACCGAGCCAUAAUGCAUACAUGGAGGAGCGUGAUAAUGUUGAUUGGGCGGCGUUACGCGCUUCAUUAGCUGAUGAGCGGCCUGUGAGGAAUUUAGAGGGAGCCCGGAUUCUUGACUUUGAUGAGUUUUUGAUCCCGGAUUCGGCGCCAGCGGGUCCAUCAGAGCCACCCACUCAGGCAUUUUCUCAUGGGUCUGCCGAGCCAGCAGUGUCCUCCCAUAUGACUACCGAGCCACAGGAUUCGGCGCCAGUGGAUCCACAGGAGCUGCCCAUUCCGGAGCAUUCUCAUCAGCCUGCCGAGGCAGAGGUGUCUUCUCAUGAGACUACCGAGCUUAGAGCUUUGAAGCAAUUUUUACAGCCAUCGCAACAGAAUGUGUAG